AGAGGAAUAUUCACCGUCUGAAACAAAAUGGCAUUAUCGUAAAAGUACUCUACUCAACAAUGUGAAUAUGGAACUCCUAACCUACGACAUAAGCUCACAUAAAACAUAGUCAAACUUUAUACUUUGCCGUGUUUCAUUUGGCUCUUAUUGUCUUCAUCAGUAUUAAAAUUUCAAAUUCGGCUGCACAAUGAUACCUAGCAAACUCCACUUGCAAACACUGUUGUUGUUAUAAAUUAUAAUAUCCAUCAUAUCAUUUUCUUAGCUUUUACCUUAUUUUUUUAAUGGAGAUAGUUCAAGAUCUGCACCCACAAACCACUACUACUACAGAGGAACAAAAAGAGUACCCUCAACAUCAAAAUCGAAGAUUCAAUGAUUACAAAUGGUGGUUUGGUGUAUCUCUCUACAUAGUAUUUCUUCUUGUAGGCCAAUCUGCAGCCACUCUUUUAGGAAGAUUAUACUAUGACAAAGGCGGUAAUAGUAAAUGGAUGGCAACAUUUGUUCAAUCAGCUGGAUUCCCUAUACUACUUCCACUUUAUUUUAACUUCACACACAUCAAUCAUCCCUCCGAAAAAACCAAACCGAAAUUUACCAGACUUGUUUCUCUUUACAUAUUUUUCGGCUUACUUUUAGCCGGGGACAAUUUGAUGUAUUCCUAUGGACUUCUAUAUCUAUCACUUUCCACCUAUUCUUUACUAUGUGCAACACAAUUAGCCUUCAAUGCAGUCUUUUCAUUCUUCCUGAAUUCCCAAAAGUUCACAGCUUUCAUAUUCAAUUCUGUAGUUUUGCUAACUAUGUCAGCUGCCUUGCUCGCACUGAAUUCUGAUUCUGACGGUGAUUCAACGAAUCUUCCUAAAGAUAAGCAAAUACUUGGAUUCAUAUUCACUCUAGGUGCAUCUGCUGCAUUUUCUUUAUAUCUUUCCCUUGUGCAGCUUUCGUUUGACAAAGUUAUUAAAAGUGAAACCUUCUAUGCUAUCUUGAACAUGCAAGUUUACCCUUCUUUCGUGGCAACUUGUGCUUGUGUUGUUGGGUUGUUUGCAAGUGGAGAAUGGAAAGGUUUGCAUAAGGAGAUGAAGGAAUAUGAAAAGGGAAAAGUGUCAUAUAUAAUGACUUUGCUUUGGACUGCUGUGGCUUGGCAAGUUUCUUCCAUUGGUAUGAUAGGGUUAGUUUUAGAUGUAUCUUCAUUGUUCUCAAAUGUGAUAGGUACAAUGGUACUGCCUCUAGCUCCUAUCCUUGCUGUUACUUUCUUCCAUGACAAGGUUAAUGGUGUGAAGUUUAUAGCAUUGAUGUUAGCAAUAUGGGGAUUUCUUUCCUAUAUUUAUCAACAUUAUCUAGAUGACAAAAAAGCCAAGGCGAAUAAAACUCAUCUUCCGGAGGUUUCGAGGGGCGAGGUAGAAAUUUGUUGAUGGAAUAGACCAAAAUUUUAUGAAGAUGUAGUAAUUUUGGACAAGGAUUAUGCUGCUGUCAAUUUUUGAGAAUUGUAUCUUUCGGUAUGUUCAAUUACAGCUUUGAGUUUUUUCUUUUAGAAAACUUGUAUAUUAUGACAAACACAAUAUACAAGCUGCAUUUGAGUAGCAAA